CUUGAAUCAUUUGGGAGUGUGUAAAGGCACAAUGGCAGGUUCAUCGGGCAACGACGGGCGCGAACAGGUCGAGUGCAACAAACGAAGGAUUAUGCGGUGGGCACCAGAUGACCGAUGCGCUGGCAGCGAGAAUGCACAUAGUGGGCUGCGCGUGAUGUGGUUCGUUCUUGGACAAAGGUUGGACAAAGGACUGCUAUUCGCACAAAACCGUCACAGUUGCGACUAAAAGGCGUGGGCGUGUGCGAGCUGGUUGCGCAUUGCCGCUGGCCUAUGACAUAUCACAUUCUAGGGAGAGCACCGCAAUGCGAUUUGCUCCUCCCACGCCGAUGCCCGAUGUAUGUCACAUUCAUUCUGUGUUUGGAGAGCGUAGCCGGACAGUGUCGCUCGCAGGAUCCCAUCCCACGAAUUCAAUGAAGUCAAUGACCUUGUCUUGUGCGUUGUCGAAACUUCCAUGUGAAGCAGCAUCAGCAAAAUCCGCCAAUGACAACGAGCAGUCGUCUCGCGUGCAGGCAGCGCCACAUAUGGGCGCCUGUUCCUCCCCAAAAGCAUGCGUCGCCGCGCCGCUCUGGCAGCAGACAAUGCGAACAAGAUGUUCAACGUUCUGGACAUCCCAGAUGUAUGAGAGACGAUCUAGCGGAAGGAGUACACUAGCAGCAGCAGCAAGAUGCCCCAUGUCAGAAAGGAUGGUGUGAGGGUCUCGACUCGAGGCAUCCGAUCACGAGUAAUGGCCCAGAUGGCAGGUUCCGCGCCAUAGACACUUCGCCGUCCGCAUCCCAGCCAUGUGGUGAAUUGCCAGAAAUACACCGCAGAGGACCCGACAGCAUCUUCGGGAUGGCGCUCAAGUCCCGUGGGCUUGCAGCAAACCGCAGGCUGUACCUGGUUGCAGCACGUCGUUGGCGCAUCUCGUUUAACAUAGUAGCAUUGCUGUACGAUGCAUGAGCAGAUGACCAUUCGGGCAAACCACUGGAGGAGAGGCGCAGCCUCUUUCAGCUACUGAUGGGCAGAGUUGAUGGACGAAUCGCCGAGCCGCAUGUGUCUUACUCUGAGAACAACGGCGUC